GCUUCGAAGGAUUUAUUAGUUUAAUUUUUUUUUGUUGGAGACAUCGCGUUAAGUUUGUGUUUCAAGAUAUUUUUUUCUGAUUUGCUGACAUCCAACAACAAUUUCGAUGGAUCAGCCAAAGCUCAUACCAUGGAAACAAUAUGAAAAAUGUUAUCGCUUUGUCAAGCAGAAGUCCGAGAAGAAUUUUGAAGUGGCGUGUACUUUAUGUCCUACAAGUGCGGCUAAUAUAAGUUGUGGAUACUCAUCUUCAGCUAAUUUAAGAAGCCACUUGAUGAGGAAACAUGCAUGGAACGAUGAAAAAUUCCAAACGGAGUUGAAUACUGGGAAGAGAAAACGAGACAACGAUACCAGAACCAUGCCGAUCACGCAGAAAGUCUUGCAUGAUGCCGUUGACGCCCUUAUAAUUAAUGAAGGUCUGGACUUUAGCAUCGUUGAUUCCAUUUAUUUUAAAAGAAUAGCUGAGUUGGGAUUAGCAGACAGUAUGACGGUUGGAUGUCGACAAUCACUAACAAAACGUAUGGAUGACAGGUUCCAAGAAAUGCUUGAGAAAAUGAAGAAACAGCUAUUAUCUGUGAAGUAUGUGGCUACAACUGCAGAUUGCUGGACUAAGUUCCGAAGGAGUUACUUGGGAAUGACUCUGCACUGGAUCGAUGAAGACACCACAGAAAGAAAAUCAGCUGCUUUAGCGUUGAAAAGGAUAAAAGGAAGACAUACAGCAGAUGUUUUAGCCGCUGCUAUUUUUGGUAUCCAUGUAAGUUUUGAGCUACUCUCCAAGGUUCGUCGAUGCACAACGGACAGUGCUGCUAAUUUGAUGAAAGCAUUUCGUGUAUAUGCAUGCGAAGAAGACCACAUGGAAAGUAGAGACGAAGGGCCAAGUUCUGCCGUGGAAGAAUUAGAUAUCGUUGAUGUGGAUUUGUUGCUAACCAACGAAGAAGGCGAAGAAAAAGAUUACCGUUUGCCGCCUCAUCAGAGAUGUGCAAGCCACAUAUUAAAUCUCGUUGCGUCUACCGAUGCACAGAAAGUAGAAGCAAAAAAGUUCAACCAAGCACGAAGCUGCGCAUUGGAAAAGUUGAAGACUUGGUGGAAGCUACAAAGCAAGUCAUCGGUAGUUGCAGAUGUCAUAAAGGAUUGCAUCGGAGUAACAUUAACAGUUCCAGUAAAGACCAGGUGGAAUUCUGAAUAUGAUUCCAUUGCACAAAUAUGCAAUAUAAUAGAUAAAUCUCCAGAAAAGCUUCAAGCAGCAAUUAAUAAAGCAGGGUUGCCUAAGCUUGAUCCACAAGAUAUCUGUUUCCUCAAGGAGUAUGUAUGGGUAUCGCAACCAGUUGCUUAUACGCUCGAUAUACUACAAAGAGCAAAGUAUAUGUACAUGGGCUUUUUGCUACCGGCCAUUUAUGGACUACAACGAAACUUGGAAAAUAGAAAAUUGAAGGAUGGAAAACGUCUGAAGUACUGUUUACCUUUACACGAGAAUCAGAUUGCAGCGCUUACUACCGAUCGGCGUUUCGGAAUUAUGAUGAACGAGACAGAUCUAAUAGUGGCCACUUGUUUGUUACCACAAUUCAAAUUAGAUUGGGACGGAGUACGACAGCACGAAAAACGCGAGGAAAUUCGGUGCUUAAUACUCACAGAGAUGGAGAAAAUCGAUGUAAGCCGUAAUAACUCAGAUGACCAGAAAGCCAGUAAUGUGUCGAGAAUGUCGUCCAAUGAAAAUGAGUUAGAUGAAGAGGCAGAUUUUUUUGGAAUAGCAACACAAAAUUGUGAAACAACGGAUGAAGCCGAUGAGUCUUGCUUGGAAGAAUUUAACCGAUUUCUACGUACUCCUGCUGAUAUGUCAAUAGCAGCAUGCUAUGGUAUCAUUAACAAGAAACCAUUCCCCAGGCUGAAACAAUUGUUCUUGAAGUAUAAUACAGCGUUACCUGCAAGUGCUAGUGUCGAAAGACUAUUCUCGCUUGUUGGUGCUGUAUUUAGGCCUGGAAGAGCAAACCUUAGUGAUACAAAACUAGAGCAACAGUCGCUGUUGUCGGCUAAUGCCGAAUUAUUCUAA